ACUCCUUCCAUCACUCACACUCGAAGAAGCAAAGACAAUUCCCUCUGAAACAAAGUCAUAAUGAAAUUCCAAAAGCCUCUGUUGAGUCUCUCAUAUUUUGUAAUAGUCUUUCUCAUUCUGAGCACACCAACUUCAUCACAAUCACAAUCACCAGCUCCAUCACCUUCAUCAUCAGCUCCAACAGACAUAAUCAGAAUCCUUAAAAAAGCAGGAGGAUUCACCACACUGAUCCGUCUCCUUCAAACAACACAAGUAGCAACACAAAUCAAUGCACAGCUCCUAAACUCAAACAAUGGACUAACACUCUUUGCACCAAAUGACAAUUCCUUUUCUACCCUCAAACCUGGUUUCCUCAAUUCCCUUAACGACCAACAAAAGAAUGAACUCAUUCAAUUCCAUGAACUACCAACUUUUGUUUCCAUCUCAAAUUUUGAUACUUUAAGCAACCCCGUUCGAACACAGGCCGGCGAUGAUCCUAAAAGGUUGGCAUUGAACAUAACAAGUUCGGGGAAUCAAGUGAAUUUAACAACAGGUGUUGUUAAUGCUACUGUUGGUGGUAGUGUUUUUUCUGAUCAUCAACUUGCUAUUUAUCAAGUUGAUAAGGUUCUUCUUCCCAGGGAUUUCUUCGUUCCUAAGUCACCUCCACCUGCUCCUGCACCACAAAAGAGUAAGGAGGCUUCUAAGAAAAAAUCUACAGAGGGUCCUUCAUCUUCAGAUGAUAAUGAUCAAUCUAAUGCUAUCACUUUCAAGGAUAAAAAUGGAAUCAUAAUGUUGCUCGUUGCAUUUGCUUUAGUGUUUUCAUUGUGACUCUUAUGAGAGGUUGAACAAAGUUACAAACUCAGUAUGCACAAUUCAGAAACUCUGUUAGUUUUGUUGUUGAAUUUCACAUCAAUGCUUUGCAGCAUUUUUUAAUGAUUGUCAUUUAUUUUAUUUCUUGAGGGUCAAGUCAAGUUUGUGGUGAUAAAUUGUAUUCAAUUUUGAAGAUUUGUUUAUUUUCUUUCUUCUUUAUUAGUUGUCAUUUUUUGUUGAAAAAGUAAAAAGCUCAUAUCUUGUGUUUUGUUAUAAUGAGAAGUUUUGUGUACUAUUGUAAGAUGAACUUGUGAAAAUACUUAUAGCUGUACGAGUUCA